GUGCGAGACGGAAUGAGAUCGCGUAUUUGCAUGCGGUAUAAGAGCAGGAGAACAAAAGAGGACUAUAACGGGGGUUUUCCUUGACAGAACGGAAACAUCCAGGUUCCGCGUCAUUGACACCCUGUAGACCUCUGCGCCCACCCGCACGGCAAAGGGGCCCGUUGUAGGGCAUCGCAAUUAGCCCUGGACAAAGAGUACACGAAUGCACAGGUGAUGAAGUGUGUGUGAGUGUGUCAUAAACAGCAACAGACAAAAAAAGUCCACGGUCAUGGUGACAAAAAAUCAGGCAGUAAUUGAGAGAAUCAAUGGCUGAGAUUGCCAAUGAUGUGCAAGCGAGAAAGAGUGACGGAGCGAUAAAGAGAGAGAGAGAGAGAGAGCGAGUGCGAGAGAAAUAAUAAGAGAGAGAGAGAGAGAGCCAGACCUGUCAUCAGUGGUGCAGGUCCAAAUGGCUGUUGGGAACAAGUGUAUGUACUAAUACUACGGUAACGCAAUAGUAAUCUCGAUAUCCCAUGUACAUCACCUAUAGUAACGGGAGCCACAGCUUGCUUUUAUUACGCUGCGAUCGAUACGGUAGUAUUGCAAGAGCACACGCUCCGGGCUGAGCACAAUCAGCCAGACUAAAGCUAUGGCCGUACGAGCCUCUAGUCUCUGGUAGAACAAAACCGGAGAGAGACUGCACCGUUUAAAGAUUAAAAGUGCAUUCGUAGCCAGUACGUAGGAUAAAGUUAUCCUACCCACACGGAAACAUACGAUUCUAGGAUUGUUGCCGCUUUAUCCCAACGUUACAGUGUGUGAAUUUCAUCACAGUGGUACAGUGACUGCCUUCUGGGGAAGCUUGAUCCUACUGAAGGUUUACAUUGAAAGGAUCUGGUAAUAUCGGUUAGCUUAGAGCCCUCUCUCGUCCGAUUUCCAAUCCGAUGGCAUCGAGUCCGCGAGCCGGUGGUGCGGCGCAGCGCCCAAACGGUGCCACACAGAACAAAAUUUGUCAGUUUAAGCUCGUGCUGCUGGGUGAAUCGGCGGUCGGCAAAUCGUCGCUGGUGUUACGCUUCGUCAAGGGCCAAUUCCACGAAUAUCAGGAAAGUACGAUCGGUGCCGCUUUCCUCACACAAACACUCUGCAUCGAUGAUACGACAGUGAAGUUCGAGAUUUGGGACACUGCUGGACAGGAACGGUAUCACAGUUUGGCGCCCAUGUACUACCGAGGUGCACAGGCCGCGAUCGUGGUGUACGAUAUUCAAAACAGUGAUAGCUUUGCGAGGGCCAAAACGUGGGUCAAGGAGCUUCAAAGACAGGCAUCGCCAAACAUUGUGAUUGCAUUAGCCGGUAACAAGGCCGAUCUGGCUAACAGUCGUGUCGUAGACUACGAGGAAGCCAAGCAAUACGCGGACGACAAUGGGCUACUAUUUAUGGAAACAUCCGCCAAGACGGCCGUCAAUGUGAAUGAUAUAUUCCUUGCAAUAGCUAAAAAGUUACCCAAGAACGAGGGUGCUGGACCGCAACAAAACAUUAGACCAACGCAAAACGAAACCAACAGGCAGAACAGCGGCUGCUGUGCUGUGAGCAAGUGAUGUUAUUCAGCAGCAAAUGGACUGUUGAAGAAUGCGUGUGAAAACUGCUGCAUGAAAAAUUGUAUAAUGGUAAUUAUCGUUAUGUUGAUGAAGCCGGCAGCGGUGAAGAUAAUGCCGGCGGCCGGUGGUAUGAUAAAGAUGAUGAGUAAAUUGAUAGGAAGUAAGACCGAUUCCAAACUAGUUAUGGCAUACCAGAAAACAGUAAAGCAUUAUAUUUAAAGGAAAAAAAAACAACACACAAACAGACACACGUACACAACACAACAAAAUGUAGAAACAAAACGAAAAAAAAAUCAAACAAAAAAAGAAGCCCAGAAAAUCAUCUGCAGAAACGAACAAAACUCACACAAGAAUGCAUUGUGGCUGAAA